UGCAACCAGUGAUGACCGGUCGGGAAACUGUGCAGGCCGAGAUCACCGCCCAGGGAGACUUGGUUCGCAAGCUAAAGGCAGCCAAGGAGCCGAAAUCUAAGUAAGAAGUCAAUCACCUCAUGCCAAAUAGAGUUAAAAAGACACGUUAGACUCGCGUCGCGAUCGCGUUUAUUGAAUCUUUCGUGUACAGUAAAAACAAAAACAAAAAAACACCAGAAGAGGAAUAAUCGAUUUGUCGGACUUGGAAGCGGAAGCGCCGGGCGUAACCGUCGCGCAUCACUUUAAUUUGCUUUAUUAACAAAACCGAAGAAACGCCAUGCUUUGUCAGUUGCGUCGGGGCGGCGUCUCCGCAGUAACCAUGCUUCAACGAUCAAUCACCAAACCCACCACCGCUGCUGCUGGACGGAUUGAUCGUGCCCACUAUUCAGCGUCCGUCGUUGGUCGUCGGAUCAACACCACCGUUGGCCACAGAAAUUGUCGCUUCUGUUCGCUGCAGCGAUCGACCACUGACGACGACAACUCACGUCAAAUCGUUCAGAUUGAUGAGGAGGUUGCAAAGCUAUUGGCUUUGAAGGCUCAACUGCUGAAUCUCGAUGAAGGCGAGCCGGAGCGUGGCAACAAGAAUAUCACACUGAAAACAGCCAAAGGUACCCGCGACUAUGGCCCGGAAGCGAUGGCCCUCCGGUUGGACAUUCUGGAGCGGGUUAAGACCGUGUUCAAAAAGCACGGAGCGGAAACGAUCGACACGCCGGUCUUUGAGCUGAAGGAGGUGCUGACGGGAAAGUACGGCGAGGACAGCAAGUUGAUCUACGAUCUGAAGGAUCAGGGUGGGGAGAUUUUGGCCCUGCGGUACGAUCUGACUGUGCCGUUUGCGAGGUUCGUCGGGAUGGGAAAUGUGUUCAACAUCCGGCGGUAUCACAUUGCCAAGGUCUAUCGGAGAGACAAUCCGUCCAUGUCCAAGGGACGCUACAGGGAGUUUUACCAGUGCGAUUUCGACAUCGCCGGAACGUACGAUCCGAUGUUACCGGAUGCGGAGUGUGUGAAGGUGGUGGUGGAGAUUUUGACCGAGUUGGAAGUGGGGGAGUUUGUGAUCAAGUUGAAUCACAGGAAACUUCUGGAUGGCAUGUUCGAGGCGUGCGGAGUUCCGGGGGAUAAGUUCCGGACGAUUUGUUCGUCGGUGGAUAAGCUGGACAAAACGCCGUGGGAGGAAGUUCGGAAGGAGAUGAUCGAUGAAAAGGGUCUGGAUGGGGAGAUAGCUGAUCGGAUCGGGGAGUAUGUGCGGAUGAACGGUGGAGCGGAGCUGGUGGAUACACUGGCCGAGGACGAGAAGUUGAAGAACAUUAAGACGGCUAUGGAGGGUAUCGAAGAUAUGCGACUUUUGUUGCAGUAUUGCGAUGUCUUCGGGCUGAAGGAUAAGAUCAUCUUCGAUCUGAGUUUAGCUCGAGGGUUGGACUACUAUACGGGGGUGAUUUACGAAGCGGUGCUGAAGGCGGAACCGGUACUGAACGGGGGCGGUGCUGGUGGUAAGGGCAAGGGCAAGGAUAAGGAGGAGGAAGUGAGCGUCGGUUCGGUUGCCGGUGGCGGAAGGUACGACAAUCUGGUAGGUAUGUUCAAUCCGAAGCGGAAACAGGUCCCUUGCGUGGGAGUUUCGAUUGGCGUGGAGCGGAUCUUCUCGAUCUUGGAAGCCAAGAACCAGCAGAAGAAGAUCCGCACGACGGAGAUCGAAGUCUACGUGGCUUCGGCGCACAAGGGACUGCAUUUGAAGCGGAUGGAAGUGCUGAACAAGCUGUGGGAUGCCGGCAUUAAGGCGGAACAUCCGUACAAGCAGAAUCCGAAGCUGUUGGCCCAGCUGCAGUACUGCGAGGAGAAUCAGAUUCCGUACGCGAUCGUCCUGGGUGACGAGGAGCUGGCGCGGGGCAUUGUGAAGCUGAGGGAGAUCGCAACCCGCAAGGAGGAUGAAGUUCCACUGGAAUCGCUAGCGGAGGAGAUCCGCAAACGGUUGAACGUUUGAGCUCGAUAGUUUUGUUCGGGAGAAGCAGGAAACUUGCUGUGUGAUGCCGGGGGGAAAGAUGCGUUCGAGGAAUAUAUCGAAUUUCCGUUGAAUGCCUUUGCUUGGAACGCUUAAUUUUCUUCGCAGCUUUGAAUAGAAAUGGCAACUCAGUUGUGAUGUGCAGCUAUCGUAGUUAUGCAAUUGCAAAGCACAAAGGGAAGUGUUGCCAGACUGCAUCGAUUUUCCGUCGAAUGAAUUUGCUGGACAACCUAGUUCCUAUGUGUAUGUUGAUGGCAACGAGGGGAGAUUUCAGCAUGACGAGUCAUAUGGUGAUCUAGCUUUAGAGCAGACCACCUCCACCACUUCUGGCAAAUUUGAGCGACCAGAAAUCAGCGCCACUCGUUUAGCUCGGGUGGCGUGUGAGGUGAGGUGACAGCGAAGUGAUGGUGAAGUGACGAUUGUCACUAACCUAAUCCACUAAUUAUUCGUGGCAUCCUGGAUAUCAGAAUUUCAUUUCUGUAGUUAACAAUGUCUAUAUAAGAGAUAUUAUGUUCCCUUACAAAACGUGAGGGAAUUUUGCGGGAAACUACUUCGAAAUUUCGAAGCUCAACUAGAGAUGUGAAAUAUCGGUGUUCAAGUUGUGAGCACGCAAUUUCAGUGUUAACAUUUUUCAAGCCCAAAUCGAUACAAUAUUCGAAAAAGAGUAAACACCAUCUAGGCAGCACCGAGGGCAGUACGCAAUUUGCCAGAGACAAGAAAGCAGGUGGAGAAAUGUUUGCCUUAGUUCUGACGAAAAAUGGCUACGCUCCAAGGAUCUUCAGAUCUUGUUCGUGGAAGCAAGGCCUAUUUUCGAAGGGAGUCAUAUCAAAUCUUAGGUUGACGCAGUAGGAGCUUUUGUAAGUUUUCGAGAGAGAUAAACCCCCUUAUUCGUGUGAGGUGACUUUCCGUGUAAAUCAAAUGGAGAGUCACCUCACACUAUCUAUGCAAAUAAUACCAUGAAAAUAUAUUUCAAAUUUGAGUUAGGACCUAGGACCAAAAACUGGAGCACCGACUGACUGCCCAUAUCAAAUGGUUGCUACUCCGUGAUUGAUCAGAACCAGUAAAAUUGCACUAUGAAUCAACUGUCUAGUGCCAAAACUGGCCCCUCUUCGGGUAAAUUAUCUGUGCUUUCUAGCAUUCUAAAAUUCUUUCAGGUUAUCUUGCCCGAAGACACGUAUAGGCUUGUAGGUUCUGAUGUGAGAUGUUCACCCCUAUUCUGUAUUUCGUUCGAAACGAAAUUCUCAUACAAAAAAAUAUUGUUUUGUAUAGGAAUUUCGUUUCGAACGAAAUACAGAAUAGGGGUGGUUGUAGAAUUCUCAGCGGAUCUUCUGGGAUCUAUUAUUUGAACUUUACACGAUUCUCACCCCAAGCCUACUGAAGCCUCAGCCAAUUAUUCGUGGUCUGAAAUAUUUCACACUGAAGACAGUUGAAUAUGCCGACCAACAAUUGAAAAGGCCUCAACCCCAGUUUUGUAAACAAACCUUGUAAGGGAGUGGCCGUUGCAAAAGAACCAUUCUGUCGAUGAUUGGUGGACGCUGGAUCGUAUCACUUCAAGUGAUUAACAGGUUCUCCAAGUCUCCGAGAAGCUUUUCGAGCAUAGUUCCGUGCUUCAACUCGGUCCAACUUGGUCGUUUUAUGAAUGAGGAGCAACACUUUUAAACGAUGAUCUCAAAUAGCUGAUAGCUUGGUAACUUGAGUAGGAUUAAUAAAACAUUUCCAACUAGAUUCUCCUAACAUUGUAAAGGGUUCUCAAAGAAAGUCCUGUAAGACUCUGGGAGAGAAACGGCGUAGUUCACUGACCCCCAAAAUAAUUGCAUUUUGAUUCCUCUGUGGACUGCACGCGUCUCUUAACAUGAACUAAAUUUCGACUGGACUGGACAUAAAACCCUCGGAAACUUCAUACAUAACCUCAAACUUACAUUCAUCGAACACACAGAACGUAAUUAUUUCGGUGAAAUGAAGUCCAACUGGCACUUUUCAGAACAAGGCGUCGUACUAACAUCCAUUUUCUCAUCCUUCUAAUCACAUUGAGCCUAUUCCAUCAAAGCGAUAAUAUAUCGAUUCCCGAAGCUACAAAUAAACAAGCUGUUUACGUGAAUAUUCCCGCAUUUAUUCCCACUGGUGUCGUAUGUUGAGUUUUCCUGUUGUCCAACGUUAGGCUCUGGCAGUGAAAUAUAUUGUAACCUGCUUCGAUAAUGUUUUUACUCGUAAUAACUCACCUAUGAAACCGUUUGCUAUGAAUUACAC